ACAACAAAAGUGCCAAAACGCAUGUUUUGCUUCAUCUUCUUCUUAUUGUUCUCCUUCAUCUCAAAAUACAUGGCCUAUCCUCUCUCUACAAAGUCUCGUUGGAUCAUCGACGAAAAAGGACAAAGAGUGAAGCUGGUGUGUGCGAGUUGGCCAUCGCAUCUGCAACCUGUGGUGGCGGAAGGGCUGAGCAAGCAACCGAUUGAUGACGUGGCCAAGAAGAUUGUGGAAAUGGGUUUCAAUUGUAUUAGGUUAACCUGGCCACUUGAUUUGGCUACGAAUGAGACACUGGCUAAUAAAGUUACUGUGAGAGAAUCUUUUCGAAGUCUUGGUCUUGAAAGUGACAUAGCUGGUUUCCAAACCAAGAACCCUUCCAUGAUUGAUCUUCCACUCAUCGAAGCUUUCAAGAGUGUGGUGACUACGUUGGGAAACCAUAACGUGAUGGUAAUAUUAGACAACCACUUGACCAAACCAGGGUGGUGCUGCAGUAACGAUGACGGAAACGGUUUCUUCGGCGACACAUUCUUUGACCCUGCCACAUGGAUCACCGGUCUGACCAAGAUAGCCACAACCUUCAAAGAUGUCUCCAAUGUCGUUGGUAUGAGCCUCAGAAACGAACUUAGAGGACAUAAACAAAACGUCGACGAUUGGUUCAAGUACAUGCAACAAGGAGCCGAAGCAGUUCACGGAGCAAACCCUAACGUACUUGUAAUCGUUUCUGGCCUCAACUACGAUACCGACCUCUCUUUCGUCCGAUCACGACCUGUAACCCUAACUUUCUCCGGAAAACUCGUCUUUGAGCUCCAUCGAUACGCUUUCACUAACACAGAAGUAUGGAGUUCCAAAAACCCUAACGACGCAUGCAGCGAGAUUGUAAAAAGCAUCGACAACGGAGGCGGUUUCAACCUCCGGGACUUCCCGCUGUUUCUUAGUGAGUUUGGAAUCGAUUUGAGAGGCGGAAACGUUAACGAUAACCGGUAUAUCGGGUGUCUAUUAGGCUGGGCGGCGGAAAACGACGUUGAUUGGUCGAUUUGGGCUCUACAAGGAAGUUAUUAUCUCAGAGAUGGUGUGACCGACAUGAAUGAGUAUUUCGGUGUGUUGGAUUCGGAUUGGAUUAGUGUUCGAAACCAGAGUUUCAUGCAAAGAUUGUCUUUGCUUCAAUCCACGCUUCAAGGACCGGCCUCUGUACCCGAUGUCUACAAUCUUGUUUUUCACCCGUUAACCGGACUUUGCGUGCAACAAAAUGUAUUAGAUCCAAACAAGGUCACUCUCGGUCUAUGUAAUGCAUCUCAACCAUGGAGCUACACUCUUGACAACACCUUGAAAAUUAGAAACAAGGAUCUAUGCUUGGAGAACACAGGAUUAGACAAGCCGGCAACGCUCACUGAGAAGAGCUGCUCGAGCCCUGAUUCGGCGAAAUGGCAGACUGUCUCACCCUCCAUUAAUAUGCUCUUAGCUGCCAAGUCUAACUCGCUUUGUCUUGAUGUCGAUGGAGACAAAAACCUCGUGGCUACGAACUGCAAGUGUGUGAAGGGAGAAGACAGCUCGUGUGAUCCAACAAGUCAGUGGUUUAAGAUCGUUCCUGUCAGUAAAUAA